AUGGCAGCUGCGGAGGGGCAAGAGCCAAAAAAAGCGGGAGCUAUCGAAUCGGCGGCGGAGGACCAGUCACCGGGAGAAUUGAUUAAUGCAUCCGGACAUCGUCAGGAACUCGACCGGAACUUCAGUUUGCUAAGUAUUUGUGCCGUGGCUGUUACGACCGGAAAUACAUGGAUCGCACAAGGAGGCAGUGUUCAUCGGGAAUGCCUUCGGCCAGUGGUGGUACGUUUAACAAUGAUCUUAUGUCGCUCGAUUCAAUGUGGUUUCGCUAAUAUCAAGUCAGUGUACCACUGGGCCUCCAUCACAGCGGGGAAGUAUGGCCGAGCAUGCGGUUUUUUCGCGGGCUUCUGGAACUGUCUGGCCUGGAUCCUCGGUGCUGCUUCUAUGUCUGCUAUUUUGGGACAGCAGACUGUCUCCAUGUAUGCCCUGAUGCAUCCCGGAUUCGUGCCCCAGUCGUGGCACAUAUUUGUCAGCUUUAUCAUCUGUACAUGGCUUUGCUGCGCCAUCGUCCUUUUCAUGAACCGGUUUCUCCCGCAUAUCGGCAACCUUGGAAUGUUCUUCAUCCUUGCGGGUGUGUUCAUUACAAUCAUUGUCUGUGCCGUCAUGCCCCAUGUGAACGGUACUGGCUACGCAUCAAAUUCGGAUGUGUGGCGUACUUGGCAAAACGGUACUGGAUAUUCUAGCGAGGGAUUUGUCUUCGUUGCCGGUAUGCUCAAUGGUGCUUACAGCGUGGGCACGCCUGACUGUUCGACCCAUCUUGCAGAGGAGAUCCCCAGACCGAGUCGGAACAUCCCCAAGGCCGUCCUCGCCCAGAUGACGGUCGGUUUUAUUACCGGCGUCCUCUACAUGGUUGCAGUGUUCUACUCGAUUACCGAUCUAGAUGCAGUUAUCUCAAGCGUCUAUGGCUUUCCUCUAGCCGAAAUCUAUCAUCAGGCGACGGGGUCUAGGGGAGGAGCCCUUGGUUUACUCAUUGUGGCUUUUCUCCCAACCGUUGUUACAUGCGCCGGCUGUUAUAUCACUGCUGGCCGUACUCUGUGGACCAUCUCCCGCGAUAGAGCGACUCCGUUCUCCGGCUGGCUUGCGCGCAUCAACACCCGUAUGCACAACCCUUUCAAUGCUACUCUUGUUUGUGGUGUGAUCGUCACAAUCCUCGCCUGUAUCUAUGUCGGCUCCACCACCGCCUUCAACGCUUUCGUCGGCUGCUUCGUGCAAUUGUCCAGUCUUUCCUACUGCGCCGCCAUUCUUCCACACCUUUUAACUCGUCGUUCUACAUUCACCCCGGGCCAUUUCUGGAUGGGGCGCAUUGGCUAUGUUAUUAACGCCUUGUCCUGCAUCUAUAUUCUCGCUUUUGUCGUGAUCUUCUGCUUCCCGUAUGCUUUGCCCACCGACGCGGCUUCGAUGAAUUACGCUAGUCUGCUGACCGGAGGAUUGACAAUAUUUGUGACCAUCUGGUGGCUCUUCCGGAUGAGAUCCUAUGAAGGACCGAAAUUCGUCCCUUUGACAGACAAGGUGUUGAUGGAUGACGCUAAAUAA